UUAUUUUCUACCACGAUUGCACCGAACAUUUAUAUACAUUUGACAUCAAUUCAAUUUCUUUUUUCUUUUUUUUUGGUAAGGGAAGAAAAAAUGUAGGGCAUAACACGUACACUUCUUCCCCAAUUUGGAUCCUGUUGUGAUCUGUCGUCGCCAAGUUUUUUUUUUCCCGUCGUGUUUAACUUUCAAUUCAACCUCCCCAAAAAUAAAGUCUUAACGCCCACAAGGAAAAAAAGGAACUUUCUCUUUUUUUGUUGGGUUAAUGAAUCAAAGUUUGUUCCUUUUUGUCUCUCCAGAUCCCUAGGGUUCGUUUCUUCUUCCUCUCCCUCGUGACUCUGUUUUGAAUCUUUUGGGGGGUUUAAUAGUCGGCGUUGCUUUUUGUUUUUAUAAUCCCUGCGAGUGCGAGAAUUUCGAUUUCUGUUUUCGGAAAAUGGGUGAUUGGGCUCCGCUUGCUCAGUCUGUGAUUUUGGGUUUGAUCUUCUCUUACCUUCUAGCUAAACUGAUCUCUAUCGUCGUCACGUUUAAAGAAGACAACCUCUCCCUUACUCGCCACCCCGAGCCCGAAUUGGAGAUAAAACCGGAGGUUGUUGACUCGCGGCGCAUCGAUUCCUCUACCGUAGGUUUUGGCGGCGGCGGUGAGGCGGAUUCGCUUGUGGCGGAGCAGGGUAGCUCGAGAGCUGAUAGCGUCGCCGGUGACAGCGAGGAAGACGAUGAUUGGGAAGGCGUCGAGAGCACGGAACUCGACGAGGCUUUUAGCGCCGCCACUCUCUUCGUGACUACCGCCGCCGCAGAUCGGCUUUCGCAGAAGGUACCCAGCGAUGUUCAGCAACAGCUCUACGGAUUGUACAAGAUCGCUACGGAAGGGCCUUGUACUGCUCCUCAACCUUCAGCUCUCAAAAUGACUGCUCGUGCCAAGUGGCAAGCAUGGCAGAAACUCGGUGCUAUGCCCCCUGAAGAAGCGAUGGAGAAGUAUAUUGAGAUUGUCACUCAGCUAUACCCAACUUGGUUAGACGGUGGCGUGAGAGCCGGAAGUCGGGGUGGGGAUGAUGCAGCCUCCAACUCAGGAGGAACUAUGGGGCCAGUUUUUAGCUCAUUGGUUUAUGAAGAGGAAUCCGAAAAUGAGUUGAAGAUUGAUGCAAUCCACGCAUUUGCUAGAGAAGGGGAAAUCGAGAAUUUGCUAAAAAGCAUUGAAAGCGGAAUUCCUGUAAAUGCAAAGGAUAGCGAAGGUCGCACACCGUUGCACUGGGCUAUAGACCGUGGCCACUUCAACAUUGCUAAAGUUCUGGUCGAUAACAAAGCCGAUGUGAAUGCUAAGGACAACGAAGGCCAAACCCCUUUGCAUUACGCUGUUGUGUGCGACAGAGAAUCCAUAGCUGAGUUUCUGGUGAAGCAGAAAGCUAACACAGCCUCUAAAGAUAAUGACGGAAACUCCCCGCUGGAUCUCUGUGAAUCAGACUGGCCCUGGAUUCGAGAUUCCGAGAAGCAAACAGACUAAACAAAUACUAACCACAGAGAUGCCGCGUCUUCUCUAAUUCGCGCAAUGUAUAUGAUGAAGUGACUUAGUAAGAAGGUUCUCUUUAUUUCAGCAUUUCUCUCAGCCCCUACCAUAUGGUGUCCAACAGUAAAUCACUUUGGAUGUUUCUAAGUCCUGUCCUUUGAAUUUCUUUUUUUUUUUCUUAUAUUGCAACAAUCUUUUGUUCCCUCAGGUUUAUGAAACACAUAUCGUAACCGGUUUUUUUAUUGGUCUGCUAUAUAAAGAGGGAGGCUUUUCUUAUCA